GGCAGUUGCAGUCUGAGCUGCAGAUACCCAGUCACCCAGCAGUGAACAGACAAUAUGAAGGCCCUCCAGGCGCUGUCGCUGCCGCUGCUGCUGCUUCUGCUCCUCUCUACCACCCAUUGUACGCCCCAAGCCUCUGGGAUUCGAGGAGAUGCUCUGGAGAAGUCCUACCUUCAGCACCCCCUGGACUGUGAUGACAUCUAUGCCCAGGGCUACCAGGCUGAUGGCGUGUACCUCAUCUACCCCUCUGGCCCCAGUGUACCUGUACCUGUCUUCUGUGAUAUGACCACUGAGGGUGGAAAGUGGACAGUUUUCCAGAAGCGAUUCAAUGGUUCAGUGAGUUUCUUUCGGGGCUGGAAUGACUACAAGCUGGGCUUUGGCCGUGCAGAUGGAGAGUAUUGGCUGGGGCUGCAGAACCUUCACCUCCUGACACUGAAGCAGAAGUAUGAACUGCGCGUGGACUUGGAAGACUUUGAGAACAACACAGCCUUUGCGAAGUACACUGACUUCUCCAUCUCACCUAAUGCAGUCAGCGCUGAGGAGGAUGGCUAUACUCUCUACGUGGCAGGCUUUGAAGAUGGUGGAGCAGGCGACUCCCUGUCCUACCAUAGCGGUCAGAAAUUCUCCACCUUCGACAGGGACCAGGACCUCUUUAUGCAGAACUGUGCAGUCCUCUCCUCAGGGGCUUUCUGGUUCCGAAGCUGCCACUUCGCCAAUCUCAAUGGCUUCUACCUGGGUGGUACCCACCUCUCUUAUGCCAACGGCAUCAACUGGGCCCAGUGGAAGGGCUUCUACUACUCCCUUAAGCGCACUGAGAUGAAAAUUCGCCGUGCUUAAAAGCUGGGCUCCCCAUCCCUCUCCACUCUGCCACUUUGGGCUCAUGGGUGCUCGCUCCCUCUGACCCCUCCCUAAUUCCUUCCCAUGUUGAUUAUUCUUCCCCCAACACCAGCUUCUCACAGGCCCUUGUGAAUCUCUGCCAUAACUGAUCCCUUCCCCAUACCGGGGCCCCCCAAAUAUCCUUCUGUUCAACCUUAAAACUGCACAAUCUGCAGCUUCCCAGCCUAGACCUGGAUUGACUCCAUCCACAUCAGAGCUGCCUCCACCCUGUCCUAACAGUUGCAGAGCUAUAAAUCACUCCACAAGCUGUAGGCAUUUAUGUUUAUCUUCAGCCAGCUUCCUUACUUUCCUCCAACUGAGCUAGCAAUGGAACCAGAGGCCUCUUUCUGGCUAUUCUAAGAGUAUCCUCUACCUCUGGCAUCCUUUCCAUAACUUACCUCCUAUGGUGAGUACCAUGGUCCAUCUCCACUUCCCCCAUCUGCAAGUCCCAGUCCCCAAAGCUCAACUAAAACUGCAUUUCAGUACAGCUAAUGUAUGAUACCCGGAAAUAGCCAUUAGUUAAGUAGGCAUAGAAAUAAGGUGCCCUGUUCCAGCUCAGCCAAAAAUUGGCAAUCCGUGAUCCAAGAUAGCUGAGUUGAGAGAUGGGAGCAGGCUGAUUCAAUAAAUCUGCAGGAACUAAA